ACACAGACGUUCUGGAACCGUACAUCCAGUGUCCCGAUGAUAUCGUUAAAGAGCUUCCGACCAAUAACAAUAGAGUUCUAGUUAACAUUCCCCAGCCGAAAUCCAACAUGGAACUUGAACACAUUAAGGUGUUACCAACUUGGGUCAAGGUGCAAGAAGAUAAUGAAUUCUCUGCAGGUGUAACGGAAGUUAUUUUCACCGCAACUGAACCACAUACUAAUAAAACGACCUCUUGCAUUAUGCAAGUAGAAAUACAGGAUAAAGAGCCUCCUGUUGUCAUAUACUGUCCAGAAUCAUUUGAGGUCGAGUCUGAUUCUUUAUUACCAACUCAAGUUAAUUGGACUGAGCCGAUCUUUAAAGACAACGUAAUGGUAGAAGAAGUGAGAAGGUCGCAGGGUCCUGGAACACAAUUUUCUGUUGGGACUCAUACUAUCAGCUAUAGAGCUAAAGACAAGGCUGGUAACUUUGCUCAUUGUACAUUCGAAAUCCAUGUUAAAGAAAUUCGACGAAAGAAAGACAACACAAAUGCUUAA